CAGCCCUCUCUCUCCCUGCACAGACAGGGGCGGUCGUUCUCAGUCAGCGCACAUAUUCCACUUGGCCAGCGUCACUUGGAGUCCACAGACACAGUGCUGAUUGAACGAGCGGAGGGGAGCUCAUUUUCAGAGCGCAUGAUUGUGUUAGAGGGGCUUCACUAGACUGUCACCGGUCAGACUGAGACACACAGUAAAGCCAUUUGAACCACGCCUUUUAAAAGUAGAUAAUCCACAAAAGAAGAGACGGGGAGGAUUUCUUUUCUUUUUUUUUUCUUUUCCUUUUGGUGCCUAACUACCCUUGCUUGAGUUUUUUUCAAAGGGGAAGUGGUUUUAUUUUUUUGAAGAGGACUCUCCUGUGGAACCGAGCGGCGGUGAUGUUCCGCUGUCCGCUUGUCUGUGCGUAAAAAUAAAAGUUUAACACACCAAGGAGAUCAUUUGAGAGGUCUGGGAGCUCAGCAAACUCUCCACUAUAGUCUCCGGGAAUUGUAAAGCUCAUACGGGACGCCCAACAGGAGAAGGAUAUACAUAUAUAACUUUUUCUUUUUUUUUUUUUUGUGGAGAGACACGGAGGCGGUUUGGUCUCACGAAGAGCGGAGGAAUCCUCUUCGCUGUGCCGGGAGGAGUGCACGCUGCGCUGGGUAGCAGACUGACCCAAAGGACGGCGACUCGGAGACAAGGUUAUGAGGGAACUGAGCUGAACAUGGAGCUUUUCUGGAUUUUGUUAUUUUCUAGUGUCUGUCCUCUCGUCUGGGGCCAAGGUGUUUACGCUCCAGCCAACGCCCAGAUUGUGCACUCAGGCGCAGCAUGUAACGUCAAGGAUGAUAACAUCAGUGAGAGAAUUUACACCAUCAAAGAAGGAGACACGCUAGUGCUUCAGUGUAUUGUUAAAGGACAUCCACGACCACAGGUACGGUGGACGAAGACGGCUGGCAGUGCAUCAGACAAGUUCCAGGAAACAUCCAUCUACAAUGAGACGCUGCGCAUUGAGGGCAUCCAGAGGGUGCAGGGGGGUCGCUACUACUGCAAGGCCGACAACGGGGUGGGGGUGGCUGCCAUCAAGUCCAUCCGCGUAGAUGUGCAGUAUCUCGACAUACCAGUUCUGACGGUGCACCAGACCAUCAGCGACGUGCGUGGCAGUUACUAUCAGGAGAAGACGGUGUUCCUGCGUUGCACCGUCAACUCCAACCCUCCUGCACGGUUCAUCUGGAAACGUGGGAACAUGCUCAUUGAACAGAGCAAGGACAACGGAGUGGACAUCUAUGAACCGCUUUACACUCAGGGUGAGACCAAGGUGCUGAAGCUGAAAAACCUAAGACCCAAGGACUUUGCUGAUUACACGUGCCAGGUGUCAGUCCGCAAUGUGUGCAACAUCGAAGAUAAGUCGGUCACCUUCAGGCUCACCAAUGCCACAACUCCCCCAAUGAUCCGGCUAUCAGUAAACGACACGGUGGUUGUGGACCCUGGUCAGGAUGUGCUCUUUACCUGCGAGGUGACUGCAGGUUUCCCUCUCCCCACUGUGACGUGGUCGCGCUACCCUGGCCCCCUUCCCCUCAGUGCCCAAGUCAGAGGGCCAACGCUGAUUUUGCGGGCUGUCACACCGGCCGACGCAGGCUUCUACAACUGUACGGCUGUCAACAAUGUGGGCAACCCUGCUCGCAAGAACGUCAAUCUUGUUGUCAGGACGAUGAGAAACUUGACCUUCCAGAUUACUCCAGACUCUAACAAGGACAGCGAGACCAUCCAAAUGGGUCGAGACCUCAAGCUGUCAUGCCACGUUGAUGCCACCCCACAGGACAAGGUCAACUACACCUGGUACAAAAACGGUGCCCCUGUCUUCAACUCGGAUAGCCUGAUCCUGCUACGCAGUGACCCAGACAUGGCACCCGGCACCAGCAGCUUGGAGAUUGUGGACCUGAAGUUCAGAGACUUGGCUACUUACAGCUGUAUGGCGAACUUCCCAGGUAGCAGAGUGAUAGAGCUCCGUGUGGAUGUCAACAUUUCUCAGAACAGCGUCUCUCCUCCAGUGCUGGGGGUUCCACCAGGCGGUCAGGUGGUCAGUGUGCGAGAGGGAGGUAAUGUUGAUCUGGUGUGUUUGGUGGUGGAUGGCAAACCACGUCCACCUAUACUGUGGUCACGGACAGAAAAGGACCUACUGAUGCCGGGAGGGAAGACCAUGAUUGAGACGCCUGAUGGCCGUUUGAGGCUAAAGAACGUCAGUCGGGACAUGAUGGGACUGUACCGGUGCCAGACUGCUCCAUACAACGGGUUAAACAUCAAACGUAGAGAGACACAGGUGCAGCUCAAGGUGCAGUAUCCUCCCAUACUGGAUCCAGUCUUCCAAGAUGUGCGUUCUAGGAAUUAUCAGAUGGUGACCUUGCGAUGCACAGUCCUGCGGUCAAACCCACCAGGCCUAACAGACAUCCGCUGGUUCCGUAAUGGCGAUUUCAUUCGUAUGCCCAUGCCAGACCUGAAGGAGACGCCGGAGCUGAAGUUUAAACUGGAACCCAUCAACAACGGCUCUUAUGAGUGCCGAGUCAGCAAUAGUGCAGGAACAUCAACGUGCACAUAUAACGUCUCUGCACAACCCUACAAUGCUGAGUUCUACUUCGACACACCCAACCCAGUCCGAAUCCUAAAAGGAAACAACUAUUCCUAUAAUCUGCAGUGGACACAGAAAGAUCCUGAGGCCACAGACCGUAUCAUAGGCUACUGGGUUAAUAUCAGAAAGAACAAGCAGAACCUGCUGUCAAAGCAGAUAGAUCUCAAAGGAAAGGAGCCGGAGAAGGGUGUGCUGCUGUCCCACACCAUAUCAGAUCUGAGAAUCCCUCUUUCCUACGAGGUCAGACUGGCACCCAUCACCACCUACAGCACUGGGGACUACAUCAGUCGCAUCAUUCAGUAUUCAGAACCCUACACCUACCCAAGACCUUCAGACCAUGUGUGUGGUUUUGAGGAUGAGCGGAUCUGUGGUUUCUCUCAAGACCGGGGUGACGUCUUUGAUUGGACGAGACAGAAUCAUCUGACGCAGAAUCCCAAGCGAUCUGCCAAUACUGGCCCUGAGACUGACCGCAGUGGAACCAAGGAGGGCUACUACAUGUACAUUGAAGCAUCACGGCCGCGUGUUCAGGGAGACAAGGCUCGUCUUCUUUCUCCACUUUUUAACGUGACCUCAGUCAAGGGCCCCAAGGGCUCCGGCAGAGUUCCAUACUGUGUGUCCUUCUACUAUCACAUGAAGGGCAAGCAUAUUGGCACACUCAAUGUACUUCUGAGAGUAAGAAGUAUUGCCUCUGUGGACUCGGCGGUGUGGAUGAAGUCUGGUGAUCAGGGUCCAGACUGGAAGAAAGCAUUCUUCGACAUAAGCCCCAGUGGACCCUUCCAGAUUGUGUUUGAAGGAAUUCGAGGUCCAAGUUUCGAGGGAGAUAUUGCCAUUGAUGAUGUGUCCAUCACCGUAGGAAAGUGCAAGCAGGACACUGUAGCCAGCGCAGGUAAGACAGUUCUGAUCGGUGGAUCACACUCGCUCCCAUUGGCCAGCUGGCUGACCUUUGGCCUAUCCUGCUUCCUGUCACUACUCUACAGAUGAUGAGCACUUCCUACAACACCACCUGUCUGUAGUGACAGACACUGCCCUGAAUCGCGCUCUUUUACUUCUCUCUCUACCCUCCUCUAGUCCUUUCCUCUAUUUACCUGUCUCCUUGACUGUCUGUCCUUCUCCACUUGCCUUUCUAUCUUUUAUGCAUCCAUUUCAUCCUUCUUGCUUAGAUAAAUAGUAACACAUAGUCUUUGUCUAGUUUUUUUCCUUCUCUGCCUUCUUUUAACCUUUCUCGUCCAGACACUCAGUAUAACCAACGGAUACUGUAUUUAGGGUGAACAUACUUAAUGAUCUUUGACAGUCGAAAUUCACACUCCUUUGUCAGUCUAUUAAUCUGAUUAGAUUCACGUAAUCCAUGUCGGCGUGUCACUUUGUCACCUUUUCCUCCCCCUUCAUCAACCCUUCUUCAUCCACAUGUGCACCCUCUCAUGUAUCUUCACUCCCUCGAACCGUAAUCCUCAACGCCCCUUCCACCCUAUUCCCCAGACACACCAAAGUGUCGGACACUCUACCAAAGAUGACAAAGGACCUGAGGGAAUAAAACGAGAAAACAGGGAUUCCAGGAAGAAAGAGAAAGAGGGGAAAAAUCCUUCUUUUUCACAAUGACCGUCUCCCUUCCAACCCAACUUUUGGGAACAUGGGAGCUGCUGAAUGAAAAAAGAGACAGAGGAAAAAAAAACUGAUGAAUGAAUGACUGAAUAAACAAAUGAAUGGUGAGGAAAGGACAAACCAGAAACAGAGGGAAAAAGAAGGGCACUCCUGGUAGCCUCUCUGCUUGCCCUCUGCUUGCCACAAGAGACGAACCUCAGUGCGGAUUAUACGUGUACAUUUAUCUCUCUAUAUAUUGAAUAUAACAAAGUUUAAACUAAAACACAACUAGGACAGUGGAGGACUUUACAAAGUGAAAUUAAAGAAGCACAACGUUUAUACAACCUCUGCUGUUCCUUUGGGUUUUAUUCUACUUAUUAUGUGAUGUUUCAAUUUGUCAGACCUAUUCAGUGUUUUUGAUGUUUUAAUUUUUUUGUUUUGUUUUGUUUAUGGCAUUUUAAGGGUCAAGGGCAAUGGGUAAUAAAGUAUUAUAUUAAUAUUUAUGAAAGGAAGAGAAGAUGAUUUGUGAUCCAGAAUCUGAAUUGAACACGAGGAGGAAAAUGCAAGGAUGACCCAAGCCACCUGGAUAGAAACCUCAACUUUGCUUCGCACACACACAAACACACACACAAACACACACACACACAAAUGCACACUCAGUUUUCCUUGCUGACAUCACAGUUGGGCGCUCAGCUCACCCUCUGCCUCAAACACGUCUCAUCUGUGAAUGACCUAGAGGGGCGACCAUGGAUGGUACAUGCAACAUUCAAAUUUCUGCUCCCUCACCAUGAACUUCCCAUCACUGGACACCAUGACUCCGAAAUAGAGUUGCUGGACAUGUCUCUAAAAAAAGAGAAGCAUGGUGUGGUACAGGGGGCGCAGAGAAGAGCAGUGAGGUCAGUUGAAUAUAUGAUUAGAGAGUGCUUCUUUCUCCACAGGUUAUUGAAUGUCAUGUAUGAAUUUGCCAUACACUUAGGAGUGAAAGAUGGAGAAGAGUAGCAGUAUCUGACAGGCGUGCAGUGUGGAUUGCAUAUCAGAUUCUCUGUCAUUGUUUAAUUAACGUUGAAUGUCUGUAGUGUAAACAGUUUUCAUAACCACAUAGAUAUGAUUGUUAAAGUUAAGCAAUACUCAUAUCUAUAGAUCUAUAUACAAUAGUUUAUGAUUACAUUUAAGAUAGCAGUUCAGUCUGCUUAAAACCUUGUUCAAAACUCAUGAUAAUGGGUACAUCACGCUUCAUUUUUCACCAUUCAUAAAGUUUCACAACAGCUGUAGCUAUUUUAAUCCAUUCAAGGGCGAAUAUGUUUGCAUUUCGCUCUAUCAUGCUUCAACUCAUUCACCAGUCACCUUGUUCCAGUAACUGAUCUGCUUGUGUUUGCUGACUUGCUUCAUUACCAUGUGCAUUACAUGUCAAUCAGUCCUUUCAACAUUGUAUGUACUUUUGUCUAUGUUAUGUUAUUUUGACUUGAUCAAUGCACCAUUUAUUGUUUGUUUAUUUGUUUGUUUUUCUUUAUCAUGGUUGGCAUAAAUUGUAUCGAUUAUUUCCUAAUCAUAACUUCUACAUAGCAUACAGAAAUGAUGUGCCUGUUUGGUUUGCCCAGUCUGGUAUGAUAGGCACUUUCCAUGUUAAGGCAUGUUUGGUAGAUCUGUCAACAGUAGUGUAUUAUAAGAACAUGGAAGCCCUGUGAAACCUGCUGUGCGCAAACUCUCAAUAUAAAAUGUUUUAUGUAUCUUAGCUUUAUCUCUCUCAUCAUAAAUGUGCUUUGGUACAAUGAGUGCACCUGAUGGCAGGUUGUACCUGAAUGAUACAAACUAUGUAAGAAGUGAAUUCAAGUGACAUGCUUUCUUGUAAAUGUAGCUUGUUCAUUCUGCAACCUUUUAUAAUCUCAAAAUUCCCAUGUCAUUUUCUCAAAAGACAACAUCAUAAAACAUGUUUUAUGUUUGGUAUUCAUUGCAAUACCUCCAAUUCCAUCAGCCUACAUGGCUAAUAGGGAAUUGGCUACAUGUGAUAUUUAUAUCAGCUUAUGUUGUACAGUAUCAUGAGCAUUAUUAAGCACUAAAGCGGCACACUGUGGGUCAGUACAUAACCCAUGUAAAAAUACAUUUUAGAAAUAUCAUUAAGCAUUGAUGUGCAUGGCAUUUCAUCAUGCUAACAGUCAAAUAUUUUCUCGUGUUACCUCAUAUUUCAAUGACAGUAGUAACAGGGGAAACACUACCAUUGGUAUUGCAUUCAGACAUGUGACAGCUGCAAAUUAACAGACAGAGUGCUGUGGAACUGUAAUCUUUGUCAUAUUUCCAAAAUGACACACACACACACACACACACACACACACACACACACACACACACACACACACACUUUGGCUGUGUUUUGACUUUAUGUGGCAAUUUUUACAUGACAUUCAAAGGGGAAACAUUGUAUUAUUUUAACCCACAUGCAAAUAGAAAUAGUAAAGCAUAACAUACCAUAACAGUCCAACUCAUUACUUAGCUUUACAAUUAUCGUUAUGUUGAUGUUACACCAGUAACGUGGCAAUAAAUUGUCACUUUUUACCACUAUGUAUUAAAAUCUGUGUCAUGUGGAAAUAUGGCAAGGUUGCAAAGUAACUGGUACUGUAGCCAUCUACUCCUGAAAGAGAGGAACUUUUUUUGUUUUGUUUUUUUCCAAAAACUAAUCAACAAAAUUCUUUAAAACUGGCAAAAGUUCAAUCAUUUAUGAUGAGUUAUCUUAAACAGUGCUUGGUUACCAUUUGAU